AUGCCGCCGCCGCCGCCACCCCCGCUGCUCGAUGAUGUCAUCGCCGAGAUCCUCCUGCGCCUCCCGCCGGACGAGCCCGAGCACCUCGUCCGCGCCGCCCUCGUCUGCAAGCCGUGGCUCCGCAUCAUCUGCGACCCCGGCUUCCGCCGCAGCUACCGCGACUUCCACGGCGCCCCUCCCCUCCUCGGCCUCCUCCACCGCCGCAUGGUGAUCCAAGGCGACCCGCCUGCUCGAUUCUGCUCUACCACGUCGAUGCCGGAAUUCCCCCAUCCUGGCUCCGACGGCCGCCGCCGCACGCGCCCCCUCGACUGCCGCCACGGCCGCGUGCUCAUCCACAUGUUGCCGGGUUUCCUCGUCUGGGACCCCAUCACGGGCGAGCGACAUUGCCUGCCACCCGAGCCCAAGGAAAUCGACUGUCUCAUCUACUCCGCCGCGGUGCUCUGCGCCGCCGAGGGCUGCGACCACCUCGACUGCCAGGGCGGCCCCUUCCGCGUCGUCUUCGCGGCCACCCAUGACCACACGGAGAUCAUAGUUGCCAGCGUCUACUCAUCAGAGACGGGUGCGUGGAGCGUGCCGGUAUGCCUUGACAACACUUGUGAAACCUAUGCCCAGCACGUGCUGCAAGCGGUACGUGAAAGACACUACUACAUACCCUAUCUCCAGCCUAGGCGAGCCGCCGUUGUGGGAGAUGCAGUCUACUUCACAGUUCGACGGGGUAAUGCAAUCGUCAAGUAUGACUUGGGCAAGGAUCGCUUAUCCAUGAUUGACCCACCCACACCAGACGUGUACUACAUCACCCUCAUGGCGAUGGAGGACAACACUUCACUGGGCUUUGCCUGCAUUCAGGAUUCCACCCUUUAUACGUGGUCAAGGAAGGUGGAUACAAAAGAAGCUACAGAAUGGGUACAGUACAUGGUCAUCGAGCUGGAGAAGACAAUUCCUGUUGCCAAUCCCAACAACGAAUCAAUCGUGGUCGGCUUUGCAGAGGGUGUGGGUGUCAUCUUCGUUAGCUCAGGUGUUGGCUUAUUCACGAUCAAGCUCAAAUCUGGGCAGGUUAACAAGGUUGAUGAGCCUGGAGAAUACUUUAGCGUACUGCCCUACAUGAGCUUCUACCUUCCAGCUUCUUAUGAUUGUCUCUGCUAA